CGCUUCCCAAUUGUAAUAUCAGUUAUUACUCUAAAUAUACAAAUUAUCAUAUACCGAAAGGACAAUUAUAAGCCAUCUAACUCUGUCAGCCUGACUCGCUGCAUUCCAUAUGCAUUCAAUGUUGCUAAUCGCGCAUUAUCUCUGUUGACUCUUCGAGAACCUCCCUUAGGUUAGGUAGAAUUCCACUAUGGAGGAGACUAUGAGUACUCGGGCACGGAAGUCCUGUUUGAAUUGCCGGCAUCGCAAAAUUGCCUGCGACAGGACGCUGCCAACUUGUGGCACCUGUAUGAGGCGAGGGAAAGAGUGCUCAGGGUACUCACUCAGCCUAUCCUGGCCUCAUGCUGGGGAUACACGUCGUGCUGUUACGGCUAAUGUGCCAAGCCGCAAGUUGCCUGGCCCCGUCGUAUUCCUAAACACAUUCAUCUGGGAUACCAGUCUGUAUAUCGAGAGAAAUUCGCCUAUAAACCAUAUGGGCGUUUGGCAUAUUCCUGGCCCGAGUCGCUCUUUACAGACGCCACAAUUCGGCACAUAUAUGGCCCCUGCACAAUACGCUUCGGCCAUUGAAAUGAUCACCUCCCGAGGGGACCUACGGCGAGACGUCUGUAGCCUUCUCUAUCGCAUGUCGCUCACUGACGAGUUACCCCCAUCUCUUGCCGUCCGUUACUCGAUGAAUGCUAUUACCUACCUCUAUCUCCAGAGGUCACGUGAAUCAGCCUACAACCGCAUGAGAGCAGUUUCUGCUUUGCGAGAGGCUCUUAGUCAGGUGCUGGAUUCUAAGAGUUGGGCUCAAGCAAUCGCUGCAAGCAUGCUCCUGAGCAUAUAUGAGGCCGUUGACCGGUCUGGCAUGGCUAAGAAUUGGUCCGUAUACUUUGACGGCUCUCUAAUGAUUGUAAAGUCUAGGCAUCAGGAGCACAGAUCCUAUGGUGGGGAUGCUGCAACCCUCCUGGACUGGGUAUUCUAUCAUAACGUCUUGUACAAGUUCAGCAUACGCCAUUGGCAGCAGCGUACCGUAGAGCAGGAAAGAAUUGCAAACCGGGAGAUGGUCAUUUCUCAGGCCAUCUUCAACCCCAACCGUCACAUCAUUCAGAGCACUCUUGGUUGCUCACUCGAGCUUCUCAAUCUCCUAGGCCAAGCCGUGGACCUAGCUGGACAAGAUCGCAAUGACCCCGGGUUCCUUUCCAAAAGUCACCAGUAUGCCAUCGAAAGCCUUGAACGGCGGCUCCGUGCUAUCGACCAGCAGCUCUGUAGUGGGAUUGACGAUGAAGAAUAUCACACUAUUGGAAGCAGGAAACACUAUACUGCGAUUGCCCAGUUAUUCCAAUUCGCAACUCUUAUAUACCUGGAUCGUGUGGUCAGAGGAUCUCCAAUCUCCUCGCUCGUAUCUCGAGCCGCUGCUGAGCAGUCGUUUAGCAUAUUGAGGGACCUCGGGGUUUGUGAACGGCCAUUUCCCAUGUUCAUUCUGUCACUCCAAGCGGAGAGUGACUCCGAUAGGAUGCUAAUGAUUAAGAGCCUUCAGCGUACAAGGAAGGAGAGGACGUUGAGCAACCUCGACUGGACGGAACAGAUGAUACGGAGAAUAUGGGCCCAGCAAGAUUUGCACGGCAUAGAGGAUGUAGAUGCACUCUUUGUUAUUAAUUCAGUUAUUAGCGCUAAUAAUGCACCGCCAUCCUUCACUUAACAUUGCAUAACUGCC